UUCCCUAACCCUUAUUUAUACUCUCCCCUCCUUCACCUCUAUUCAAAUCACAACAAUCAAUCUCCAUUGUUACAGUUCCAAUCAUCUCCCCAAAAAUGCCGUCCAUUCCAGAAGAGCCUCUCCUUGCUCCCAACCCCGACCGCUUCUGUAUGUUCCCGAUCCAGUACCCUCAAGUCUGGGAGAUGUACAAGAAGGCGGAGGCCUCCUUCUGGACGGCCGAGGAGGUCGAUCUCUCGCAGGACCAGCGCCACUGGGAAUCCCUCACCGCCGACGAGAAGCACUUCAUCAAGCACGUCCUCGCCUUCUUCGCCGCCUCCGACGGCAUCGUUUUGGAGAAUCUCGCCGGCCGCUUCAUGAAGGAUGUCCAGAUCUCGGAGGCGCGCGCCUUCUACGGUUUCCAGAUCGCAAUCGAGAACAUCCACUCUGAGAUGUACAGUCUCCUCCUCGAGACUUACAUCAAGGACUCCGAGGAGAAGAGCCGUUUGUUCCGCGCAAUCGAGACCGUCCCCUGCGUCGAGCGCAAGGCUAGCUGGGCGCUCAGCUGGAUCGACGGAUCCGAGACGUUUGCGGAGAGAUUGGUCGCGUUCGCUUGCGUCGAGGGGAUUUUCUUCUCCGGCAGCUUCUGCGCGAUUUUCUGGCUGAAAAAGCGCGGGCUCAUGCCUGGAUUGACCUUCUCGAAUGAGCUAAUCUCCAGAGAUGAAGGUCUGCACUGCGAUUUUGCUUGUUUGCUGUAUAGUCUGUUGAAGAUGAAGCUGAGCGAGGAGAAAGUGAAGGGGAUUGUGGCGGAUGCGGUGGAGAUUGAGAGGGAAUUCGUGUGUGAUGCUCUGCCCUGUGCGUUGGUGGGGAUGAAUGGGGAUUUGAUGAGUCAGUACAUUCAAUUUGUGGCGGAUAGGUUGCUGGAUGCUUUGGGGUAUGGGAAGAUGUAUAAUGUGCAGAAUCCUUUUGAUUGGAUGGAGCUGAUCAGUUUGCAGGGGAAGACAAAUUUCUUUGAGAAGAGGGUUGGGGAGUAUCAGAAGGCUUCAGUGAUGUCGAGCUUGAACGGUAAUGGCGGUGACUCUCAUGUGUUCAAGCUGGAUGAGGAUUUCUGAAGUGUUUGUUACUGAUUUUUAUACUAUUUGAUGUGUUGGGUUGGAUUGAUAUAAUAUUUACUCUUUAGUUUGUGGUAGGAAUGCGUUUCACUUGUAUAAUAGGGAUUUAGGGUUUCUAAUGGCUUUCUAUAAUUGUUCAUCUUAUCUCAUCUUAGGCUGAGGAAUGAAGGAACAGAAUAAUUAUGUAUUGUAGUAUGCAUUAAUUCAGUUUCUUUCUCCAAA